AUGGUGGGACCGGGAACCCAGCCGCCGAGCACCUUCCCUGCGCCCAAAUGGCACAGGCGUCACCAGUUCUUGGAACUUUUAAUCCUCUCCUCCAAGGGGAAAAAGGGGCAAACCCCUCGGACCCGCGCCGGGUCAGCGCAGCGCAGGGCCGCCCGCGGGUUUUCCCAGCCGGGACGGUCCGGAGGCUGCGCGCCGCAUCUCGCGCUCUGGCAGCUGCUGGCGCGCUCCGCGCCGCGAGGCGACUCCUCCGCCCAGACCAGCGGCUGCUGGAAGGGCCUCGUCUUCGCGAGUGUCAGUCACUGUAGUCCUCCCAGCGGGAACCCGGUGGCUUCUACGCUGCCGAGCUCCGCUGGCUGCCCUGGGUUGCUUUUCACAUUUCUCUUUAAUUUGACUCUUCUAGCCCGUGGAAGUCUCUGCGCUCACUUCUUCCCGACCCUGCCGGACUCCAGCUUGCGCGCCCGCUGGCAGCCCAAGGACAGUCCCGCCGCCCCACGGCGCUGGAGACGCUGCGGGGUUCAGUGUCCCUUCCUUCCGGAUCCGCGUUUGAAUCCCCCUUCCUCGGAUCCCUUACGCAGCCCAGAGCCCGGCGAUCUGGCUUCUUCCGUGGGCGGCCACUCUGUGACCCGAGCGGCGGCGCUUUGGCCCGAGGGUGGGCGCGACUUAGGGACGGCCAGCGUCCAGCCGGCGUGAGCGCAGCCCCUCCUCGCUGCAGCUGGGCACGUUGGGCGGCAGGAGAGGCUGCUGUGCUGCCUGGCUCUCCCUUUCUAAGCUCCCGGGUCUGCGAAAGUUUGGGGUGGGUUGUACUUUCUCUAGGUCGGUCUGUCCCACCUGGUACCCCACCCUACUUUCUGCCCGGCCCCUCACCCUUGUCGGCGCUAUGCUUUCUCUCCGGGCCCCCCACCUUGUAUAUUGCACGGGCUCCCUGGGUGGUUUUGCUCCCAGGGACACUGCCAUGCGUUCAGUCCUGGAGCCCGUGAAUCCAAGCCUGUGCUCUCGCUCCCGCCCGUGGAUUGCGUGAAAAUCAAUAGAGCACCACCCAGCUCGUGUUGGAAGGGACGCUCAGACAUCUCCGCCCACGGCAUUUUCCCUCUAGGAGAAGGGCGAUUCAGCUUCGCGCCUGAGCUGUUUAAGGACUGGAUCUGACCCUUUUCCUGAAGAUUGCCGGUGGGGCGUGCCAGUCUCUCGCCCGACCUUGGGAGGUGGACAAGGAGUGAUUUCAGAGUCGUUUCCCGACCUGCUGUGUGUUUGGCCUUUGGGUGGGAGGUAGGGUGGGCCCUCUUACCCUAAACCAAGAGAGCUUAACCCCCUCUUGGGACACGAACCCUUUAAACAAUCAGAUGACAACUUCUGUCCUUUUGCCCAGGAAAAUACCCGACCUAGGCGCACCCAAAACGUUCCCUACAGUUGCAGGGGGGUUCUGGUUUCCCAAACCCCGGGACUCACGAAUCUCAAGAACAGCUGGCAGAAAGGACUGUCUGCUUGGGGGAAGGGGAGAGACCAACGCGGAGAGCCGUGGAGCUGCUUGUGGCCCCAGCCUUGGGUCACCCAGGACGCCCUUUCCGGAGCCGAGUUAAGGUCGCGGACCCUGAAGAAGAAAUUGAGACCUCAAAACUAAUUCGCCCACGAUCUCACUGUUCCCGAUGGAGCAAGGGGUUCGAAUUGUGGGGGGAUAAAUUUAGUAUCAGCCUUCAGCCGUCCAACUACUCACCUUCGAAUCACAGUCCCCCGCCUGUGCUGUGCUGUGCAACAUGUGAGGGUAAAAAAUGCGCAGGUUGUAAGAGGUGAGGUUUUUUGUUUGUUUUUGUUUGUUUGUGGGUUUUUGUUUGGUUUUGGACUGGAAAACUUAAAGCUCAAGAGUUUUUUUGUCUUUUUUUCUUUCUUUCUUUCUCUCUCUCUCUCUCUCUCUU